ACGUCACGUCGCGCGAACGCGUUCCCCCCCCCCCCCACCACCAUCACGACGAGCGGCGGCGUUUCCCGGGGUCGGAGAAGCGGACUCGCUUCCCAUUCUAUCCGUCCGCUCGCGGGCCACGCCGUGAGAAGGGAAGGCAGCAAGGCGGAGAGGAUUGUCCUCCGGGGGCUGUGCGUGCGUGCGCGCCCGCCCGUGACUGUCGAGCAAAACGCUAGGGCAGCGGGAGAACGAGCGCGACGGCCGACCCCAGCUCACCCCCGCGUCCUCCCCGCGAAGGCGUCAUGUAUCAAGAGCCCGAAGCAGCCCCGGCGAUGCCACCCACAACACCACCGGUGUUCCAGGCCCCCCUGAGGCCGGGCUUUGGCACUGUCGGCAAGCCCAUCCAACUCAGGGCCAACUACUUCGAGGUGGACAUCCCGAAGAUGGACCUGCUCCACUACGACAUCGAUAUCAAGCCUGAGAAGUGUCCCCGCAGGGUCAACCGGGAGGUGGUGGAGCACAUGGUGCAGCACUUCAAACACAAGAUAUUCGGCGAUCGGAAGCCGGUGUUUGAUGGAAGGAAGAACCUCUACACGGUCACGCCCUUGCCAAUUGGAAGAGACCGGGUGGAGCUGGAGGUAACGUUGCCUGGGGAGGGCAAGGAGCGCGUCUUCAAGGUGACCAUCAAAUGGAUGGCCAACGUGAGCCUGCAGCUGCUGCAUGAGGCUCUGAGCGGCCGUCUUGCACAGAUCCCAUACGAGUCCAUCCAGGGCCUGGACGUGGUCAUGAGGCAUCUUCCUUCCAUGCGGUACACGCCCGUGGGCCGCUCAUUCUUCACACCUCCGGAGGGCUACAGUCAGCCCCUGGGUGGUGGACGCGAGGUCUGGUUCGGCUUCCAUCAAUCUGUGCGGCCCUGCAUGUGGAAGAUGAUGCUCAACAUCGACGUGUCGGCCACGGCGUUCUACAAGGCACAGCCGGUGAUCGAGUUCAUGUGCGAGGUGCUGGACCUUCGCACUGUGGAGGAGCAGCCACGGCCGCUCAGCGAUUCGCAGCGUGUCAAGUUCACCAAGGAAAUUAAAGGGCUUAAAGUGGAGAUAACCCACUGUGGGCAGAUGAAGAGGAAAUACCGCGUGUGCAACGUUACCCGAAGGCCUGCCGCGCAACAGACGUUCCCUCUGCAGCUGGAGAGCGGGCAGACGGUAGAGUGCACAGUAGCACAGUACUUCAGGGACAAGUACAAGCUUCACCUGAAGUACGCGCACCUACCCUGCCUCCAGGUGGGGCAGGAAGAGAAGCACACCUACCUGCCGCUUGAGGUUUGCAAUAUUGUGGCUGGACAGCGCUGUAUAAAGAAACUUACAGACAACCAGACGUCCACAAUGAUCAAAGCCACAGCACGUUCAGCUCCGGACCGUCAGGAAGAAAUCAGUCGUCUGAUGAAGAGCGCGAGCUUCAACUCGGACCCGUACGUGCGCGAGUUUGGCAUCAUGGUGAAGGACGAUAUGGCGGACGUGCAGGGCAGAGUGCUGAACCCGCCCAUGCUGCAGUACGGCGGCAGGGUGAGUACCAGCUCCGCACACGCCCAGACUCGGGCUGUGGCGACGCCCAACCAGGGAGUGUGGGACAUGCGGGGGAAGCAGUUCUUCACGGGAAUUGAAAUUAAAGUGUGGGCAAUCGCUUGCUUCGCACCACAGAGGCAGUGUCGGGAGGAAGUCUUGAAGAACUUCACGGACCAGUUGAGAAAGAUCUCGAAGGACGCUGGCAUGCCCAUCCAGGGUCAGCCAUGCUUCUGCAAGUACGCACAAGGAGCUGAGAAUGUGGAGCCCAUGUUUCGGCACCUCAAGAAUGCCUACAUGGGCCUGCAGCUCAUUGUGGUCAUCCUGCCUGGCAAGACCCCCGUCUACGCGGAGGUGAAGCGGGUCGGCGAUACACUGCUGGGGAUGGCCACGCAGUGCGUGCAGGUGAAGAACGUCCUCAAGACCUCGCCUCAAACCCUCUCAAACCUUUGCCUCAAGAUCAACGUCAAGCUCGGUGGGGUCAACAACAUCCUUGUGCCUCACAUACGGCCUGCAGUGUUUCAGCAGCCUGUGAUAUUCCUGGGUGCCGAUGUGACACACCCUCCAGCGGGAGACGGAAAGAAGCCUUCAAUAGCAGCGGUGGUGGGUAGCAUGGAUGCCCACCCGAGCCGCUAUUGCGCCACGGUGCGUGUGCAGCAGCACCGGCAGGAGAUCAUCCACGACCUCUCGUCCAUGGUGCGCGAGCUGCUCAUCCAGUUCUACAAGUCUACACGCUUCAAGCCCACGCGCAUCAUCUUCUACCGCGACGGCGUCUCCGAGGGCCAGUUCCAGCAGGUUCUAUACCACGAGCUGCUCGCCAUCCGCGAGGCGUGCAUCAGGCUAGAGAAGGAGUAUCGGCCAGGAAUCACCUUCAUCGUUGUACAGAAACGCCACCACACUCGCCUCUUCUGCGCCGACCGCAAUGAGAGGAUCGGGAAGAGUGGCAACAUACCCGCGGGCACAACAGUCGACACAAAGAUUACGCACCCGACGGAGUUCGACUUCUACCUCUGCAGCCACGCGGGCAUCCAGGGCACAAGUCGCCCCUCGCACUACCACGUGCUUUGGGACGACAAUCACUUCUCGGCGGAUGAGCUGCAGGUGCUCACCUACCAGCUGUGCCACACGUACGUGCGAUGCACGCGAUCCGUGUCCAUCCCCGCGCCCGCCUACUACGCCCACCUGGUUGCCUUCCGAGCGCGAUACCACCUGGUCGACAAGGAGUAUGACAGCAGUGCGGAGGGCAGCCACGCCUCGGGUCAGGGCAACGGACGCGACCCCCAGGCACUGGCCAAGGCGGUUCAGGUCCACCAGGACACGCUGCGCACCAUGUACUUCGCCUGAGUUCGCCGGACAGAUGCACGGCCGGCUGGACAGACAGAUUGACGGCCCCAGCGCAGGCAGGGAGGAGAGAGAAGGGGAUGAGAACUCCCAUCCAUUGCCUUUUGCUGCAAUUGCUGCCCACCGGAAAGAAGGUUUAGGGGGGCCAGGGUGUGUGAUAUUACCUCCUGUUGGCUUUAAGAAUAAAAAAUCUUUACGGUAAACCAUAAAGAAAAUAAUGGUAAUAAGAAACACACACACACAUCCGUUACCUUAAUCCAUUGCCUUGAGCUGCGGUCGAAUGAACAGGGAUUGGGUUGCUGGCACGGGGAGGGGACAGCGCAAGCUGAGAUUCGGUGUUCGGCUCUGGGGCGGUGAUGAGUGGAGUCCUCUGCUCGCACCUGACCUCCUUUACCUGCAGAAUGGAAGAUGGGGGUACCUCAUCUCCCAUUAUCCCACUUCCACAAAGCAAGCCAUAGGCAGGGGGAGGGGGCCAGGUGACAACCACACGGCACCACCGCCCCUACGCGAUUUAGGCUUCGACAGAGCCUAGAGCAAUGUAUUUAAUGAACCUAAUGAGCCAAAUGCCCCACCCCCCCCUCCCCUUUUAACCUACACUCUGGCCAGACUAUUCCCCAUUCGAACACUGUGUAUGGUUGAACAUAAUUUUAAUAUAUAUAUUUUAUUUUUUAUCUUAUUUUAAAAAAAAAAAUACACAAUGCAACUUGAACGAGUGGCGCACGCUCCGGUGCCCUUAGCUUGCGAGUAGCAUCAAUAUCGAGCGCAUGGAAAAAAAAAUCGUUUUGAAAGGGGGAAUGUGCUCCGUUACAAAUGAGGUUGUUUUACCACUUAAAGCCUCCGCCCCACCCCCUCGCUUCCCUAAACCGCCGCACGGGCAGGGUACUGUGAUUCAUCAGGGUCUCCACCGGCUUGGCUUUUUUUUUUUGCUGUACAGAGAGAAAAAAGAGUUGGAGAAAGAUGUAAAAACGCAUUGUGCUUGUAACUUCUCAUUUUGCUACUCUUUGCCGCGGUGUGCAGUGGCCUUGCCAUGAACGCAUGCUCUUAGUUUACAGCCCGCUUCAGGUGGGGUUUGGCGUAAAGUUAAAUUUAAUAAAAAUAUAAAACCGUAAAAAAAAAAAAACAAACGACACUGUACAACUACGUGACACAAUCCCGUGUUUCGUAGGAAAAAAAAAGAAAAAAGCACACUUGCAUAAUUCUCCAAAACUUGCACUUGAUCUCGCUUUUAGCUAGUCAACUUCAGAAUCUGGUGGUAAAAGAUGGGUCAUGUUUUUUUGUGUCUGUGGUUAUAGCUUCGGUACCAGUUAUUGUCAACCAUUGUGAAGUACAUGCAAGUGGCGUUUAUCGGGCAGAAAAUGAGGCUAUUUCAAACGAGCGUGGCCGGUUAUCAGCGCUCGUACACUGACGGAGCUCGUUUGCCCAUUGACCUUUCACUGGCCACGUGCCGAGUACGGGCAAGGCAAAAAUAACGAAGUGGGGGGGGGGGUGGAUUCAUGAGUUUGGAUGAGGCUGAAUUGGUACUGGAGGUAGAAUAGUUUUCACUUUGAGACGGAAGUGAUGAUUGUGCUGGUGCUUGAGAGAGAAUUCAGAAUGUGCUUAUUGAACGGACCGAGGCGUCGGUGAUGCAGUUUGUAAAAGAAAGAAUUGAACGAGAAUAACAAAAAAAAAUAUUUCUAUAAAUAAGUUGCAUGUUAAAAGCUUAUUCCAUUUAGUGCAUAUCUCCAGCGUGUUGUUUUCUUAAUGACAGUUUCUAAGUCCUUUCUGAAUACUGAGCACCAAAUCAUUCCUUGAGCCUUGUUCCCACCAGCAGUAUAAUGAUAACUAAAGAAAUCAUCAAAACCCAUACUGGAAAUCGAGUUUAUUUAGAAAUCUUCAAUUUCUGACAGCUGAAGGUGUUUGUACUGCACAGCAAUUACACCACAAGGUGAAUGGAAUGCUCGGGAAGUUGCGCAACCGAAGACUGUGGAGGUAGAGGCAAAUUGGGGGAGGGUGUUUAGAGCGCAUGGUGAGCAUGGUGUUACAGCCCUGUACCUUAGAAAACUUAGCAAUAUAUUGGAGUUAACGGGUACUCUUCUUUGUUUUUGGCGCAUCGCAAUAAUUACGACUGAGGUGCACAUCGUAACUAGGAAGGAUUCAUUCACUGGGUGGCGGCUGAAAUGAUAGCAAGCUGGCAGAUGUACAGAGAUUGAGAGCUGCAAAUUGACGAACUUGGCUUUUGCGAUUUGAGCGUAAAUAUUCAUUGCACUUCUGUUAAAAUGAAAAAAAAAACAUUGACUUGGAUCUGUUUUGCACUGUCUAACCAUCGAAGCAGGAUUUUUUUUUUAAUUGUCAACAGAUGAACAUUGACAAUGGAUAUCCUUUCCUAUAUAGAAGUAAAUCUUGUGGCUUGUCCUGAUGCCCUUUCAAAUUUGGCAUCUUGCUCUGAUGCAUCUACUUCCUUGUAUCCAUUUAUUAACCCUAUGAACUUUUAAUUUCAGGCUGUAUAUUAUUUUCUAUAAUUAAAUGCACUAAUUAUCAAUAUUAUUGAACAACCAUAUAACCAGCCUUAAUUAAAAUGCUUUCAAAAUGGUAAAGGAACAGUUUAUCUGUGUCCAUACCAUAAGGAAUUCACUUGAUUAUCCAAACGCUUCCUUACUGGCUUAAGAGAGUUAAGGAUUCCACUCCAGAGACCAUGCAUCAUACAAUUCGAUUCAAAUCUAAACUCAAAUUCUAAAUGCAAUACAAGCAGGAGUGUUCUUUUUCGAGCAUUUGAUUUUAUGUACUGCCUACAAAGAGAGUAGUUUACAAAAAAUAUUUUUUGGUUGGACGUCAAUAAAUCAUGCAUGAGGUCUGUGGGCUCGAUCCUAACGCUGACGCCUGUAUAUUUGGAGUUUGCAUGUCCUCCACAUGGGUACAUGGAUUUUUCUCCAGGUCCUUCGGCUAGUCCUUCCACAUUAAGAAACGUUUUUAGAGUAUUUGGCUGCUAUACAUUUCCACGUGAUGAGCCACUUUUUUGAGCUAUCAUUUGUGGCCAGGUCACUUUUGGAAAAGAGCUCUAUAGCUCACAGUGGGCCUUGGUAAAAUAAAACAAAGUUAAAUUUUUAGUUGACUGCCAAGUAUUUUUUGAGAACAAGCAGACAUUACCACAGAUCCACGUGCUAGAACAUUUCAUCACAUGGCAAUAUGCCAGUACAUUUUUUGACAAACGAAGGUCUGCUGUCAUUAGCCUUGCUAAGAUCUCACGGCUAUGGCCCAAAUGGUUAACCUUAAAGCAUAACGUACCGUGUGGGUGAGAUAGCGCAAAUCCAAUCCAUGCAGAUGCAGUCUUAUGUCGGUUUGGUUUCCCUGUUGAUGCAGUUGGGAAAACUCGGAUCUAAACGCAUUUGGAAAGCUCAAUUAAGAGUAAUUAUCCAAUCCAAAUACACGUACCCAUCAAGAGUUGUCUGCCUUGGGGUGCUUCUGUUCAUCCAAAUCUUUUUAGAAGAUCAUGAAGUUAUAUCCGCGCCGUGAAUUUCCCCUCCUCUGGCUGGGAGAGUCCAGCAAGUGUGUGUGCUAGAUCGGCAUGCAGUAUUAAAGGGGUCUUGCUUGGAACAAGGAACGCACGUACAAUCUACUUUUGCUAGACCCAAACCAACCCGCUACUUAAUCGUGCACUACCAACUUAAAAAGUCGGCACCAAAAAGUGGUAGCAGUACCAUUGAAAAGAGUGUAAAUGUUUCCAUUUGUGUUAUUGCCAUAAUUUAGUUUUCCAUUUCCAAAAGACUACAGAUCAACCAAACUGCUAUACAAUUUUUCAGUGACUUUCUCAAGUUUCAACUAUACUACAACUUUCAAUAGCGAAUAUAAACAGAAAAAAGUGGCGAAAUACAAUAUUCAUAGUGUUGUCGAGCUACCUCAUUGAAUUAUGUUUAUUUUGAAUCGUGCAUUGUGGAAUGCCAAGAAAGUAACAGAAGUGCUGUUUACAGGCAAGAUAACAAUUCCUUUUUAUGAUUGUGAACAAUUAUGCUAAGCUGUCUCUUUGGUACAGGGCUGUACACUUGUUGAGACUGCAAUUGGUGUUUGCAGUGUGCGUUAUCAUUUUAUAGAACGGGGCUCCAUACGAUGGUGAGGCAUGGGCAGAAGCGAAGGGUUUAUACGCGCAACAUAUUGAGCGCGCAAAGUCUGUUCAUUUGCGGCACUCCAUUGAUAAUUGGGGGGGUGCGGUGAAAUCUGGUGCUGUGGUAUGGGCAAUUUGAGGCUCAUUGCCUUGCUUCCUUGCACCCGUUCGAUAAGAACCUAUACUACUGAAGGUUUUGGAAAGGUGUGCAGGGCAGAUUUUGUUUAGAGCUCGUCGAAUAGUGUUUUCUAUACAUGCCUUAAACCUGGGUCAAAAGCAACUGAUUUAAAAAAAAAAUGCCUCUCCGUGUGUGUCGAUGUAACACUAUGUACAGUCGGUGUGUGACGUACGCUUUUCUGUAAUGCUGCACUUUUGUACUUCUCAAAAUUGCAAACCUAUUUAUUUUUAAUUGUAUCUCGUGAGCCAAGCCGCGUGUGGCCCUGAUGUCAAGCCCUGAAUGCUGCACAAAAUACUGGCCAAGUGUAUAGCAUGAAUCUGUAGCGUUACGAGGCGUAUGUUUGGCUCGUGCGUGCGUGUGCGCGCGCGCGUGCGUGGGAAUGUCGUUCGUUUGCUCGCUGCCGUGCGCGCGUGUGCACCCGUUCCCAGUGGCUGUGGGGGAGCAUCGUCGGCUUCCGGUCGGCAAGAGGAGCGCUCUCACAGUAAUGCAAGGCUGGACAAGCACACGGACGAGUUUGCGCUAUACUGGCGAACCUUUAUUGUGAGAGCAAAGUUUUUACGAAUGGGGGGGAGCAGGGGGGAAAGAAAAAACAGCAGCGAUCAUCUCCGUUAUCCGUUCGUCGUAUUCUGUUUUCAGGGAUACCUUCCUCAACCAAUCACGUAUAGCACAGUCGUUCGGUGCAACAUUUCCUGAUGGACUGCGUUGUUUUAAAAGUCAUCCCCAGAACCAGGUCCCGUGUAAACACAAAUGCAAACCUUGUUCCUGUUACCUCUCCCAAUUGCCACUUGCUUACCAACUGCCAGGUCGGGUCCUUGAUGAAUUUGACAACCCCUAGGUAUCUUGUUUUGGGGAUAAAAGUUGUCCUCUUAAAAGUCCUGCAAGUGGUCAUCGCUGCCCGCAGUUUGAGGAUAUCGGCUGAAAUGCACGUUUCCUCGUAUGAUUGUGACCUAGAACAAUGGCUGUGGUUAUGCAAAUUGUCUACAAAUCAAGGGCUAAUUGGUCUUCGGUAUAGUAUUCGUAGGCAAGGAAGAUUUUUUUUUUUAAAGUUCAAGGUAACCCUGGGUUUUUGCUGCUUUUCAAGUGAAAAGUGUUCAUACUCGGAUUGUGUACGCACACUCACUUUGACUCCAAUGAAGAUUCGCCAUUGUGUGAAUGUAAUAUCUUAUUUAUACACGACGUACAUUUGAGAAUGAGUGUACAACCAGGCAGCUGGCAGAGGGAAUAACUACCGGUAUAUUGUAUUCCCAUAUUGAAGGGUGCAGGCUGUGCUACAAUUUACGUGGUACUAAACUAAAAGUUGUAUUUUAUAUUGGCGUAGGUCACACACAACAACAACAACAAGCGUUCAGCGAAAUAUCUUUUGUAACGAAUUAAACAUGCUUUCAAUUAACGCUGUGAUUUGCUAUGCCGAAAAGAGGAAGAGAAAAAAAAACCCCCAACAGGAAAUCUAAGCAGUUAAGCUGGGUGUUGAAUAACGUUGCAUUCAUUCAGAACAAAUUGCGUAAAUGCAAACAUUUUCCUAAAUGUUAGGUUUGCAAUUUGUGAUUCCCCUGUCCCUCGGUGGUAUUGUUGCGGCGACGAUUAUUUUUUUGUUCCGUUAUCUCAUCGCAUUUCUUUUUUUUCAGUCGGUUGACAACAACAACAACAAAAAAAACAGCAGAGCCAAUGAAGUCAGUAUUUUUGUUGUAGUUUUGUUUUUUUAUUUCAUUACCGAUUUGUCGUCGAAUUUUUAUUCGACGCAUGACGGCGAUACCGGUGCCGUGUGGGGGUGGGGGGUGGUGGGUGGUGGUUGUUUCUCUGCUCGCCCCAAAAUGUAAAACCUUGUCAAAGUGCCUUUUUGUCAAUACUUUGACUAAUUCCGUUGACAGAGACCGUUCUUGCUACACAACGAGGUUCCCCACAAGCAUUUCUUCAUCGGAGCUUGCAGCCAUUGUCGGGGAUGGAGAGUCGUGUUGUAGCAAGCAGGGGGGGGGGUGUGCGUUUGGAGAAAUGAGAGAGAGAGACAGACAUGAUGAUAUGUGAUGGGUUCAGCCAGAUUGGGAAGGUGGAAAGACAACAAUGGUGCCAUAUUGUGUUUACCAACAGAGGCAGAAAAUAAUUUGUAAUAUGCAAUAGAUGAUUUAAGAAAUAAAAAAACAAAAAAGCAAACAAAAAUAAACUUUGAAUAAGUAAAGUUAAAUAAAUACUUUAAAGCCAGCUUUGUUUUAACGUAUUGUAUUCGCAGGUAGCUGCUGAUGCUGCUGUGUGUGUGUGUUGUGGGUCCGAUCUAAAACAGGCACGGCGAGACUGGGCUGCUUCCACGCAGCAGCGUAACAGUUUUUCGUCUUGUGAUAUUUCACUGAAUGUGCAAUAACUCCGAAGCGACUAUUUUUGCAAAACAAAAGUUUAGGGGAAAAGAAGAAAAAUGAAAAAAAAAGUUACAUAAAGUACCUCUUUAAUCGACCAAGAACAGAACUUCCAUUAUUAUUAUCGCAGUGGUGUCGCCGCUGCACACUUGAUUCGGGGUGGGGGCUGCCGCAGCAUGUUGCAUUCAUUUCACGUUGACCAUUGCUUCUCCGUCUCGUUAUAUUAAACAAACAAACAAAAUAUACCUUUUAAGCGGCGAUGGUUUUUUUUAUUUGCUCUCUCAUGGCACAAUGUAAAAAUGCAUCCACCUUUCGGCUAUUGCUUGCCCUGAUAUCUUGACAAACGUGUGUGCACUUAAGUUGACGACAAACAAUUUAAACUGAAGUCUACGAUAUCAACAGCUGUUAAAAAAAAGUAUUCAUUGUGUAUCAAACAAAAAAAAAGCCUAUACACUAUGCCAACCACAGUCGCGCAUUAUUUCGCUCAGUUUUUAAUUGCAUGUUAUAGACUUACUUGACACUUUAACAGGUCAGCUGACGUAUACAUUACUGUAGCGAUGCACUUAGUACUGUGUUAAGAUGUAUGAGGUGUGUUUCUAUAUAUGGUUACAUUCCUAUGCCGACUAUAAUGCACUAUAUGGACAAGUACUGUACAAGCAAUAGGAAAAUAUACAGCCUGAGACGGGUUAAACAAAAAAAGACAUGGAUUGCAAAGCUUGUUUGUGGCCGUUCCAGAUUGGACUGUUGCUUUUUUUUGCCAGGGUUUGCCGGGCGGUGUGUGUGUUGUUUACCGCCGAGGGUACACUCAAUAAGGCCAAUUUACGUUUUACUGCAAUGCCAUUUGGUUUCGCUAUUACAUACUCGUGUAAAAGCCACUGCUUACAGCCUAUCUCAAAAGCUCCGGUCAUUCACGGUCGUCCAGGCUCUCCGCUAUUUAAGUCUAACAUCGGCAGGUCCCGUGCACUCGCCAGAUGGCAGUUGAUAUGUUAAUUGCAAUAAUAUUACAUAAUAUUAACACAAUUAAUUAUAUUACGUUGUUCUCGGUCUGGUAGUUGCUGGACAGUAAAAAAAAACUGGAUCACGUCUGUUUUUUUUUGGGUUGGGGGCAUAAAUACUGGAGUUGAGAACUUAUCGCAAUAUUAAUUCCUGGCAUGUGUAUGGGCUUGAAUUUGCAGGUAACAAAUCAUGACAUGUUACUUAAUGGUUUCCUCAAGAAGCAAUGGUUGUCCAAAAAAAAAAGUAAAUUGAAAUCAAUCAACAUUUUGGCAGAUAGUGCUUUUUUGGUAAUUUUCCAAAUGCCAGUCAUUGGGAUUAAAAUCUAGUCCAGCUUACCAAGCAAAUCCAAUCCAGCAUCUGGCAAUGUCGUCGUGCAUUCUUUCUGUGAGCAACCAAGCUUGGCUACUGGACAAGAUGUGUACCAAAGACUAGCGUAUCAGCCGAGCCUAUCUACUAAAAUGUGUGUUAAUGCAGACAAGCAACUCCAGGCCUAAUAAGCUGGACAAAGGUCCACCUUUUGUAUGUGAUUCACUGUCCUCCAUUCACUUGUGAAUUCGAUACAUUCAGCUAAUUGGUUGAUUCGGAAAGGCAGACUUGGCCUGCGACGCUUGGAAUUGUCCACACCUGUGAUGCAAUUUUUUCAAAUUCAUAAUUUCCUUACAUAUGUUACUUAUAAAGGUGCCAUUGUUUUUCAUUAUAUAC